AUGGCGCAGGCUUCGGUGAGGGACGAUCUGGAGACCGACCAGGUCUUCCAGGCGGCCGUGCCAAUAGAGGUGAAGGAGGAGUCGAAAGAGCAGAAGGAGAAGCAUGCGUUUGAAAGAAAACGAUCUGGCUUGCCGCCAUUGAAAGUCGAUGCACCUACGGCGGGACCGGAAUACAGCUCUUGCUUCUACAAAAGAUCCAACUCAGGGUAUUAAAUUCGACCUAUUUGUUUCAGCUCAUGCUUCUAGAAAAGAUCCAAUUCAGAUCAAUUUGCUUGAAAGUCAUAGCGCAAACAGAACUUGAUCCAAGGGUUUAUUCUUAACCACUUUCACAGGUAUGGUUCCAAGCCACCGGAGGUUCUGCAAGGUGGAAGACAUGGCCUGAGCAAUAAGUUUUCACAGGCCUUGGGUACAGGCGGCAUGUGGCGAAACCACGGAUUGAACACGUACUAUUGUGAUUGAUGCUUUUGCAUAAUUCGCUGUAGUCUGACUAGAAGCACUUUUAGAUGAUAACUUAUCUCUGCAGCCGUCGUCAGGAGAGUUGACAACAGGGACAUAUGCACGCAUUGCAGUUGGAAUUCAUUUUGUGUCCUCUUAUAAUAUGCAAUGGAUGUUGUUGUUUAACAUGAAGAGUAGUCUCGACAUAGAUCAAGUGCACUGUAAUAAAUGGAAGAUACAUGAUGUGACAACGACCGUAUCAUGUCUACGUACUACUGUAUAACUCCACCUACUAGGGCGUCCGAGCGGGGACGCUUUAUGGAGAACACGACAGACUGGAUGCUGAAGCUCGGAUAA